UCGCGCUAACAUCCCUGUAACUAAGCAUUUAUCCAUUCAUUCAGGAGCACGCCGUCUACAUAGCAUCUCCAACACAGAAACGGGAAUGUUGUGAACAUUCCAAUCAAGAAGAGGAGGCAACAGAGUGGAUCGCUCGCAUCUGUCUGGAAUUAAGGGGCUGGCACCGGGGACGCCACCCUGCUCCGUUGGGAUUGGACAGGGUCCAUGGGACACGGAGGGGACUGGGACCAGGCUGUUGUCACCCCAAUUCUACAUGGAACCUUCCUAAACAAUGCAUAGCUCAUAAUGGUUUUGAAUAUCUGUCAUGGCUGCUUCAUCGUGGCUAUGGGACGUCUUCUUUAACAGAGGUAUUUGGACGGUUUGGACACAGAUGGACCUCUCAGUGGGACUAGAUGGGUUAAAGACCAUGUGCAAGAAACAAAGGUGAUGCUCUGACGGAGGGCUGACUCUGGAGAUGCCGAAGAGACGCGAUAUUGUGGCCAUUGUUUUGAUUGUGUUGCCGUGGACACUGCUCAUCACUGUUUGGCACCAGAACGCCAUCACUCCACUGCUCUCUGCUCGCAAGAAUGACAGACUCAGCGGUCGCUCCAGGAACACUUACAUUUAUAAGGACUGCUCCUCUCCGGGCCGGGGCAUUGUGGAGGUGGUGCGUACUGAGUAUGUGUACUCUCGCCCACCGCCCUGGUCUGACAUCCUCCCCACCCUCCACGUGGUCACUCCCACCUACAGCCGGCCCGUGCAGAAGGCCGAGCUCACCCGCCUUGCUAACACCCUGCUCCAUGUGCCCAACCUGCACUGGCUCCUGGUGGAGGAUGCCCCAAAGAGAACUAAACUGGUCAGCCGCCUCCUACAGGACACUGGUCUGAACUACACUCAUUUGAGUGUGGAGACGCCCCGGAACUACAAGGUGCGAGGGGACACCAGGGACCCCCGAAUACCUCGUGGGACCAUCCAGAGGAACCUGGCUCUCCGCUGGCUCCGCGAGACCCUAAACGUCAACACCAGCCAACCUGGGGUGGUCUACUUCGCAGAUGAUGACAACACAUACAGCCUGGAGCUCUUUGAAGAGAUGCGCUCCACUAAGAGGGUGUCAGUGUGGCCUGUAGCCUUUGUGGGAGGACUUCGUUAUGAGGCUCCUAAAGUGAACAGUCUGGGCAAAGUAUUCGGCUGGAAGACUGUGUUCGACCCUCACAGGCCCUUUGCUAUUGAUAUGGCGGGAUUUGCCAUCAACCUGCGCCUCAUUCUGUCCAAACCUCAGGCCUAUUUCAAACUGAGAGGAGUGAAGGGAGGCUAUCAGGAGAGCAGCUUAUUAAAGGAGCUGGUUACCCUCGGCGACCUGGAGCCCAAAGCUGCAAACUGCACCAAGAUAUUAGUAUGGCACACACGCACAGAGAAGCCGGUGCUGGUAAAUGAGGGCAAGAAAGGAUUUAGUGAUGUGAACGUGGAGAUCUGAUCCUCCAUCUGACUCAGUGACCUCACCACAAACGCUUCAGCCUCAACAGGCAGAGCUCCACCGAGCAAUAGACAGGGGCAAAUACAGCCAGAGUUGUAUUUGCAAGUGCUUAGAAAUGCAUGAGCACCUGUCCAACUGCAAGCAGAGCUGAGUGUGUACCAACCUCAAGAGCGGACCCUCGAGUGUCGUCCCAGCACUGCUCAGACAGGGGGCGCUAUAACCACGUGGACAUCUCCUCUGCUUCCUGAGACAAAGGACAAGGGGGAAAGGAGUCUAACUGGUGUGGCCUGAAAGCAAUAACAUGCCCUGGGAUUAUGGACAACGCCAGGCAAGCCACCAGCCCACAUCAUAGACUGGGCUUUUGUUGUACAGAGGGUAGCGCAGGGUGGCACGCUCACUGAAAGAACUCCUUGUAUAAAGUGAAUCAGAGCCAACACUGAGGGAUCUGAACCAGUCUGCUGUACAACGAAGAGCUAUGGAAAGGCCACGCUAAUGAGACGAACUGUUAGAAGCCUUAUACGUCUAUAUAUUCACACGAGCAGCUGUCAGAACAAAUGAUGCACUAGCACACAACAACAAGCCCCAUGUUGGGAUCUAUAGGGUGAAUUAGGAUCAAU